CACGGGCAGAAAAAAAAAAAAAACUUCCCUAGGAUUUUGAAUUAUACAGCAGCAGCUUCCUGUAUUUACACCUGCAGAGAGGGAGGGAUGCUCAGCUGAGUCCAGAAGACAGAGCCUGGCUGGAUGAGCAACAACAAGUUCCCUGCAUCUCUGCUUUUUUCUUUUUCUUUUUCCUCUAUUGGUCUUACAUCUACUGUCUAUACUAACUAAGAAUGCUGUUGCACAUCUUGUGUAUGACAUGGGCUUCAUCUGUCAUUUUUCUGCAAGGCAGGUCUGUGCUCUGUAAGGAGAUGAAGUUAUCCAGCAGGGCAACCAAGGCCCCCUCUCCAUCUGACUUUCUGGACAAACUGAUGGGACGCACAUCUGGCUAUGAUGCUCGCAUCAGACCAAACUUCAAAGGUCCUCCGGUCAAUGUCACCUGUAACAUCUUCAUCAACAGCUUCGGAUCCAUCACUGAAACAACUAUGGACUACCGGCUCAAUGUAUUUCUGCGACAGCAGUGGAAUGACCCUCGACUGGCAUAUAAGGAGUACCCAGAUGACUCUCUGGACCUGGACCCCUCAAUGUUGGACUCCAUUUGGAAACCGGACUUGUUUUUUGCAAAUGAAAAGGGGGCAAACUUUCACGAGGUUACGACAGACAACAAACUGCUUCGGAUAUUCCAGAAUGGAAAUGUCCUCUACAGCAUCAGGUUGACACUUACCCUUUCCUGCCCCAUGGAUCUGAAAAACUUCCCCAUGGACAGCCAGACGUGUAUAAUGCAGCUCGAAAGCUUUGGCUACACCAUGAAUGAUCUUAUUUUUGAGUGGUUGGACGUGGGAGCGGUGCAGGUGGCCGACGAUCUGACACUCCCACAGUUUGUGCUGAACGAGGAGAAAGGCCUCGGCUACUGCACCAAGCACUACAACACAGGUAAAUUCACCUGCAUUGAGGUCAAAUUUUACCUGGAGCGUCAAAUGGGCUACUACCUGAUUCAGAUGUACAUACCAAGCCUGCUCACUGUCAUCCUGUCCUGGGUGUCUUUCUGGAUCAACAUGGAUGCAGCUCCGGCCAGAGUGGGAUUGGGAAUCACCACAGUGCUCACCAUGACCACACAGAGCUCUGGCUCCAGGGCCUCCCUGCCAAAGGUGUCCUAUGUGAAAGCCAUAGACAUCUGGAUGGCAGUGUGUCUUCUAUUCGUGUUUGCCGCACUAUUGGAGUAUGCAGCCGUAAAUUUUGUUUCACGCCAGCACAAGGAGUUCUUCAGACUGAGGAAGAAGCUCAAAGAGCAACAGCGGCAGAGAGCUCAGUCAAGUGGUGACAGUAAGGUUAAAGGAAACAACAUGUCAGGCAACAAUGCUCCUCAGGGCAACGUAGCCCAGCAGUGCAGUGUCUGUGCCCGGGAGGAGGAGCUGGCACAGCAGGGUUUACUCUUCCAGAGUUUUGGACUUGCACUGUCAGCAGGAAGUGCGCCGGAAAUGGAUGCAACACCAGUCUUUGCAGAUUUACCUCCCGGUUUAGGUUUCUAUGACAUACGCAGGCGCUUUGUGGAUCGGGCAAAAAGGAUUGAUACCAUCUCCAGAGCAGUUUUCCCCAUGAGCUUUCUCAUGUUUAAUGUCCUCUACUGGCUAACCUACAAAGUUCUACGACACGAAGACCUUCUAGCCGGGCUGUGACGACACACCGACUGAGGACCAUAAAGACACAGGAUACCUUUAUACCGUCUCUCUACACUGAAACAUUCACAGGCUGAGAGUCCUCAGCUGAGCCAUACAAGAUGCGUUGUGACUGCGUGUCCAGUGCCAUUGGGAAAUUCCAUGACAUGGAAGAGUCCGUUGGUUUCUGUGAAUUUUUAAUACUUUCGAAAGAAAUGCACUUUUUAUUGCCACUGAUGCUUUAUGCAUUACAUGUCAGGGUACAGUAUGAGUGUACAGUUGGCAUCUUAAACGUAGCAUCUCACACUUUCUAGGAAACAUGCAGUUUCUGUAGCUUCACAUGUAUUUGGCCUGCAGCACAUCUGAGGGAUAUUUAUUUUGUGCAUUAAUUUUACUGGUGUCAUGGUCAACAUUGUCAUAUCACAGACACAUAACAUAUAUCACUACAUCCAGGAAGCAAAUUUUGGAACUAGCAGCUCUGUUGUGUUUCUCAGCUCGGCUAUGCUUUACAGACCUGUCAAUACAUUAUUUUUUAUGAUAUGACUAUUUUAUCUAGCAUAUUUAUCAAUUUAAUUACAUUUUAAACCCUCCAAUAGGAAGCCUCUCCAUAAUAAAUACUGGAAUAAUCUGUUUUAAAAAUGUGUUUCAAAUUUAAAUUAGGGUAUUUAAUGCCUAAAGAAGGAUACAUUGAUCAGAGUUUAUAUAAUGGCAUGGCAUACACAUAGUCAAAUAGCCAAAGAGUAACAACAUGUUAAUGUAAAUUAAAAGUGAAAAUGUCAUUAUAAGAUGCUAACAGGCUCUGGAGCGUGGUGAAUUACCAGUAUGUUUCCAUUCACAAUAAAAUGAAUAGAAAUAAUCAUAUUAAAUAUAUUAUGUCAACCAAAAAGAUUUUAAUUUUGUUUGUUGGAGAUUGGAUCACUUGAUAGUGGAACAGUUAUCAAAACAUAGUUCCCCUGAGAUCUGCACAAUGGGUGUUUUAUUGGUGUUAAACAAGCCCAAUAAGUUACACACCGAGAAUAAUUUGUGACAAAUAUGUCUUUGAAGUCUUGUUGGUCAAUAUAAAAUAAAGAAAUGCUUUUAUUUGAAAUACUGAAUCAUAAUGUAACUUCUUUAUGUAUGAUGUUCAUUUUGAUGAUAUGUAAUAUGAGAACAUGUGUUUCCCCUCCUCCCCUUUAAUAGCAUGCCAGAGUCUAAACCAAGGGAUUACACUUAAUGUGCACACUUAAUUAUCAGCUAUAAUAUUUAGUAAAUUAUAUUAAAGAUCCCCUUCAGACAUGUAUUAAGACAUAUACAAAUUGGAAUAAUAAUGUGUGUCAGAUAUGAUUUUUUUCCUGCAAAUUCUGUAUAAUAUUCUCAUUAAAAUCCGUGAAUAAAGAGCCUUUAAACUCCUUUACCUCAUUAAAAACUCUAAAAUCUA